AUGGUCGUCCAAUACCAAACUUCCGAUAAUCAAUACUUAAUCAUUGUUGGUGAAAACGCCAAGGAAAACGACAAAAUUCGUCAAGAAGCCUCUCAAAAUGAUUUGUGGUUUCACUUGGAAGAUGUAUCAUCACCACACGUAAUUUUGAAACCAAAUAAUAGUUCAUCAUCCUCAUCGUCAUUUCCUGCCCAGGCUAUUUAUUAUGCCGGCGUGUUGUGUAAAGCCUACAGUAAACAAAAGGCCACACAAACUUCAUCCGUUAUUUAUGCACCAAGAAAAUCAGUCAAAACUGUAAAGGAAAUUGACGGGAGAGUUGAAGUGAAAGGACAUGUGGAGAAGAUGAAGGUUUAUCGGGAUGAUACUAUCAAGGAAACAUUGAAGAAAGUUGUUUAA